UGUUUAGUCUCACUGCAUUUGUGUUCUGAUUCAUGCUAACAGUUGAUCACCUCUGAGUGUAUAUAGAGCUUAAACCACUCAUUGCGCCAUGCAAAUAAAACCUAAUAAUUACCAACCAACCACUGUCCCUGUGUUUAACUGACAGCUCAGAGUGAUGAGUGAUCCAGAACUCGACUGCACGCAAAGCUAAACCCCAGAAGAAUCCGGCCGUUCUGACCAACAAACAAACGUGGAGCAUUGUUUCUGCUGGGCCGAAAAUGGAGCCUGUUGCUUUGUGCCAUCCUGCCAGCGGCAGCUUGUGGUGGGAGCAGCCAAUAACUCAGCACAGCCCGAGCAUCAGUGGACGGCGGGACUUCUCACUCAUGGAAGUCGCUUUCAAAUACCACCUUGUAACAUCGCUCUUCAUCACCAGCGGCGUUGCGGUGACAGGAACAUGGAGGGCGCUAGGACCCGGGGCUGACCCGGUUCAGGAAGAGGGCGUAGGCUCGGUCGACCGGUGGCGGAGGAGGAAAGUGCAGGGACUGGAGAGUGGCUCGCGCACUACCGCGAGGUCCUGA